AGUAGGGGGCGCAUCUCUGUGUCGUGUGUCAUGUAUAAUAUGUAACGGAGGGCAGAGUGUGAUUGAAUGGGGUGACCAUGGGCCAGAUUCCAGGAAAUUAGGGUGGAACUGUGCAUAGUAAGUGAAGCGAAGGAGGUGCCAAGAAUGGGUAAAUGGAGGCAACGAGGGGCAGAAGGCGAGGGCACGGUGGCCAUAUUGUGCAGAGUGUGGGAGGAGGCACAAUGUAGUGAACAGAGCUGGCUGCUGAGCAGAGUGGGGGGAAUGGAGGGGACGAGGGGCAGAGUGAGUGGAAAUGGAGGGAACCAAGUGGUAGAGCGUGACUGAAAACAGUGGAGUGGCACCGUGUUAAGGAAAGUGGGGGAAUGUGGCUGACUGUGAGGCCCAGGGCCUGAGUCCUAUCUCUGUGUCUCCAGCCCCUCUCUUCCUGCAUCUCUUUCUGACAUCUCAGGGUUUCUCCCUGGUUUUGCCUCCUCCCAUCUUUGUGUACAGGUCAGUAUCUUUCUUUUCCCUUGUGUGUCCGUCUCCAACAGAGGUGGCACUUGGAAAGACAGUGAGCCCUCUGGCUUCUGUGUUUCAGAAUCUAUUAGAUGGUAUUUGCUCAUAGAGCCCAGAGGUCCAGAAUGCCCCUAGUUCUGAACAGGGCAUUUGAGUCCGGAGCAAAGAGUUGGCCAGGAGGGCCUAUGGGUGUUAUAAUGCAGACCUGGGUCACUGUGGCGGUGACUCUGGCCACACUGAUGGUCGCCACUGUGGAUGCGAAGAUCCAUAAACGCUGUGAACUGGCAACGAAGCUGGAGAAGGCGGGCCUCAGUGGCUUUAAGGGCUACAGCGUUGGAGACUGGCUGUGCAUGCCACACUAUGAGAGUGGCUCUGACACCGUCUUCGUGGACCACGAUCACGACGGCAGCACCGGAUACGGCAUUUUCCAGCUGAGCUCCACCUGGUGGUGUAACAAUGGUAUUACACCCACCCAGAACCUCUUGUCACAUCAAUCCUGCUACAACCUGCUCAGCCACCAUAUUCUGGAUGAUAUCUUGUGUGCCAGGCAGGCGGUGUCCUCAGAGAAUGGCAUGACUUCUUGGGAUUCAUGGACCCGGCACUGUUCUGGCCAUGAUUUAUCUGAAUGGCUCAAGGGAUGCAAUAUGCAUGCCAAAGCUAACUCAAAGAAAACUAGUAAUUCAUGA